AUGGAGGAAUUAUAUUCCGAACAAGAAGACGUAAUUAGAUCAAUCACUCGGACAGUCACUAACUUCAAGAAGCUAGGACAAGGUAACUAUACAACGUCGAUAACGCGCAAUUGCUUAAACAUUCUACAAGAGUUAUGGACACGGUGCCAAAGCCUUCAUGCUGAAAUCAAGCUCGCAGCAACGGACGAUGAACGUGAAGGACACGACUACUUCACGAAGGAGGGGUUCCUGAAGGCGGAAGCUGAGUACUACGAUGCUUCGGACUUUUUCACCGAAAUAUUCGAUAAGUUAUCAAAGCCUGUAAUUUUCCCUCCGAUUGCCGCUCCGGCUGACUUGAGUAACUCUGGCGUAAGCGAAUGUUCUGCAACUCCGCGUAUACCAUUACCGCGUAUAGAGUUGCCUAAGUUUUCGGGCUUGCUGACCGAGUGGGUUAAUUUUCGAGACAUUUUUGAGUCGUUAGUCGCGAAUAAUGAAGUGUUAUCUAAUGUUCAACGUUUACACUACUUAAAAUCCAGUUUAACGGGCGCAGCACAACUCAUACUUAAGAACACUACGGUGACAGAUGCUAAUUACGAGAUCGCGUGGAAUGCAUUGAAAAACCGUUACGAAAAUAAACGGGUGAUCGUUUCUGCGCACAUAAAUAACAUUCUCGACGCACCGAAUAUGAAAGCUGAUACGACCUCCGAAUUUAAACGCGUAUACGAUACCGUUACCGACUCUCUAGCUGCGUUACGUUGUCUUGAACGUUCAACGAUCGAUGAUUUUAUUGUUAUCAUUGCGGCUCGUAAAUUGGAUCCGCAUACGCGAACAGAAUGGGAGCUAAGCCAAGGCAAUACUACCGAACCGCCCUCCUUUACAAAGUUAACUGAUUUCCUUCUUUCGCGAAUUGUUGCGUUAGAAGCGGCAAAUGGUAACUCAGAUAAUCCAAGCAACAAAUCGCAUCGUGCUAGCUCUACUAAGUCACUAGCGUCGAUGGUAAACAAUACAAAAUGUCCAAUGUGUAACGAAUCUCAUCCUCUUUAUCAAUACGCUAAUUUUAAGUUACUAUCUCUAGAUAAGCGAAUGGCGGUGGCGAGACAGCAUCGCUGCUGCUUUAAUUGCUUGAGUAAGGGACACAUUCCGAGUAAGUGUCCUUCACGGAAUCGUUGCAAGCGCUGCCAGCGUAAACAUAACACACUGUUUCAUGAUGAUAAUUACAACCUUCACAGCAUUACCUUUGGAAAUAAGACCGAGGACACAGGGGUAAAGACGGCCGCUUACACGGCCGAGAGAUCGGUGAGUGAGACUAUACCAAAAUCUAGCGUGACACUUAAACUAUCGGUCACCAAAGAAAGCAACCAUGUACCAAGCUCAUCAGUAAUGCUCGCUACUGCACGGAUUCUUGUAUGUACGGAAAGCGGCCGUCAACUAAAGUUGAGGGCCCUUAUUGAUACAGGCUCUGAAGCCACCUUCAUUACUGAAAGGGCCGCUCAGUUAUUACGAGCAAAGAGAAAGAAGGUGCAUAUUCAAGUCACUGGAUUAGGAGGGCGGACUAACAGCACAGUUCAUUUUAGCACCAAAUUAAUAAUGAAACCGUGCAGCAGUGAAACUGAGAGCGUAUCUGUAACAGCCCUAAUCCUACCCAACUUAACUUCAUAUAAUCCUGGCACUUCCCUUUGUAAGGACGAAAUCUUGGGACUAAGGAACCUGCAAUUAGCAGACUCACACCCCUCAAGUCGCGAACGUAUUGAUGUGUUGAUCGGCGCAGAUAUUUACGGCCUUAUAUUGUUAAACGGAUUACUCAAAAUUCCGGACACUGCUCUUGUCGCUCAACACACAAUUUUUGGCUGGGUACUUUUUGGGUCCUUUGUGAAGAACACUAAUAACGAUACCAAUAUAACGGCUAACCUACAAUGUUCCAUUAAACUCUCGAUAGAUGUAAUAUUGAAGAAGUUUUGGGAGAUCGAGGAGGUGUCACACUCCCCUCCCUUGUCGAAGGAGGAUUAG